AGAGACACGUUGCUAGCAGGUUUAUUGGAUGGGGUUCGCGCCAGUGGAAACAGAGAUGUCUGUGUGAAAACAACUCCCACUAAAAGAGGUAUAAUUGUACUUGAUCAAAAUUACUACGGUGAAGACUACAAGGUGUCCCAAAAAAACUGGACACUGUUUGAUUUCAUGUAACGUGAAAGCUAUUAACGCUAUCGCAAUGAAAUAAUUUAGAUUUUGAUAUAUAGCACUUGAAUUUACAUGCAAUAUUGACUGCGCUAUUGAUGUUUGAACUUUAAACUAUUGUUUUUGAAAUGCCAAAAAUUAGCAUAAAACAACCUUAUAAUUACCGAAUGAUGUAGUUAAAUAAUAAAUAUUUUUAUUUUGGUUGUAUCUCGCUCAAUAUUGCAUGUGAAUUCAAGUGCUAUAUAUCAAAAUCUAAGUUAGUCCUUUUUAAAUGCAAUGAUCUUUAUUUAAUUGUGAUAGCUUUUAUAGCUCUUACGUUACAUGAAAUCAAACAGUGUCCAUUUUUUUGGGGAGCACCCGGUGUUUGAUUGGUCUAAAGCUAAAAAUGUAUUUACUCUGUUCAGGUUAUCGCUGGGGUCCUUUGUAUUGUGCAGUCGACGAGGAGGUUGAAAGUAGUCAUUUAAAAUUUCUUGCCACACCCCCAGGUAAUGCAUAAUUCCGCUGUAAAGACCCAUUUCCACUCAAGAAAAUUUUCCACGGACAGAAAAUCUUCCGAAAAUAUCAUUGUUAAAAGUUGAAAAUUUGUGUUGGCCAAUCGAAGUUUACAAAAAAUUUUUCUGCGGAACAUUUUCCUAAGUUGAAAUGUACCUUAAUGCAUAGUUGUACUGUAAUAGCACGUGUGUUUCACGAGCCUCCAUUGCAAAAUACAUUUUACUUGUGUUUUUAUGCAGGCAAAUUCGCAGAGGCUGUGUACAGAUUUAACUGCAACAUUUCAUACAGCGGGCUACUUCACGCUGUGACCCAAGAUGUAAGUUUCACAAAACAAUACAGCUUUAAUUGAACAGCUUCAAUUGAACAGCUUCAAUAAGGCUGCCAAGGCUACAUCAAGUUGUACAUGUGCUAUUUUCGGUCGACGUUUAGAAUAACGGCCAUGUGUUGAAUUUGCUGUAGGGACUUUUCUCAGAAAACAAAGAAAGACUCAUUGUUAAAGCCAUUACGAUGCUUAUCGCUCAUGAAGGUAAAUAUAAUGACAUCAUUUACACUGAACAUACUCAGUUCUAAAGUCCAGUAAAGCACAUCAUUUAGUUCCAUCGAGUGACUUGCCCAAAAUACUGAUAUUUUAAAAUACCAGUAAAGGACAUACCAUAUUGAUCCAGUGUUACUACAGGAGGAAACCUAAACUAAACUAACUUCAUGUAUACUGGAUAGCUCUAUCAGUUCUAAACUGUUCUUCCUAGAGGUCCAGUAAGGAUAAUCUCUUAUUGACCCAGUGUUACUAAAGGAAGAAACCUAAACUAAACUAACUUUAUUUAUACUGGAUAGCUCUAUCGGUUCUAAACUGGUCUCCUUAGAGGUCCAGUAAGGAUCAUCUCUUAUUGAUUCAGUGUUACUACAGGAGGAAACCUAAACUAAACUAACUUUAUUUAUACUGGAUAGCUGGAUCAGUUCUAAACUGUUCUUCCUAGAGGUCCAGUAAGGAUCAUUAUUGAUUGAGGGUUAAGCUGGUAAUAAAGUUGCUUCUCUCUUUGUGCAGGAGAUCAAAACAAAAUCUCUGAGAAAGAUCUCGAAGCACAAUUUCAUGCUUUGAGACGACUGGUAGCAUCCAAAGCUGGCUUCCGCGCUUUUACUUCCCUCGUUGGGUAAGCAUUGAUUAUUCUUUAUGUGCUAGUAAGACAGACCUACCCUAGAAUGCAUGGUUUGUGUCGGAACUACUUGAUAAAAGCGAAGAUGAGCUACUUUAAAAAUAUUUAAAACACUUCGACGUUUCCCAUCCAAAGAUUAGUAGGACACAAAGGUCUUCUUCGCUGGUGUAAGUUGUAUAAAGGUGGUUAAAUACAAACAUACAAACAUACAAACAUACAAACUUUAUUUAACCACGUUAGUCUCAAUAACCGUUGGGAGGCUGAUUUCCAUGCAGGGCGUGAAAUAUAAAUUUAACUAUUUACAAGAAAUACAAAAAUAUGAAAAUAUGACAAGAAAAUACGGUGGUUUUUAAUACACGAUCAUACACGAGCACGUUUCAACUCGUUCUUUGUUUUAAUAUCGAUAUGAAAGAGCUUAAGGAUUCAGCAAUUUUUGCCUCAUGGGAAAGAUUAUUCCAAUGCAAGGCACCGUUAUAACUGGAGCACCUCUUGCCAAAUUUUUUUUUCGGCAUAGGUGAAGCAAGGUUAACGGCGGAUGUAUUAUGCGUGCUACAUCCGUGGAGGGGAGUCCGUGACGUCAUAUCGAUCAAAGGGUUUUUUUCGUGCAGGGCUUCGGUCUGGGUAUUCAUUCUGCCAUUGUAUGCUUUGCCUAGUUGCAGCAAGUUUAGCGCUUUGAUACCUCUUUUCCCAACCCACCCAUGUUUAUUCUAGAUGAUUUUUCUGAUAGUAUGUCAUUUUAUUAUUAUAUUAUAUAUAAUUUAAUUUCUCAUGAAAUAUGAUGUAUAGACCACUAUACAUUGUAUUUCGUUUCCACUGACUUGUCAGUAUGCAUGACUGGUGCCGGAGGUAUGCCGUGGCAGAAUUGUCAUGGCUAUCUCCUUUUGCUGCUAAUAUUACUGAUUGUUGCUCUCAUUGUUGCCGCGCAGCUGCUAUGGCAAUACUUCUUGCCAUCAAGGCUAGUUGCAGCCUAAUUGGACCAUAAACAGCACCUACCUCCAAACACGAAUACUCUGCCGUUAACGGUAUAGUUCUACUUUUGGUUUAUUUAAGUUUUCGUGAAAAAGUUGGCUUGAAAACCGUGAAAGCGUUGAAGAGGAAUAACGAAGCUGUGACACACGCCGCAGUUGACAUGUUGUGUGCUUUGAUGCAGGUAGCCAGUUGACUAUUUUAAGUUGACUAUCUUGAAUAACUGUUUUGUUUUGUAGUAACAUGCAUGAACACCCCGUUUAUUUACUUAGCAAAACUUUCGAAGGACCAAGAGCUCGUUAUAGGCUGUCCCGAACAGAGACAUUAGCCGAAUUCAUAUUAGGGACGGGAAACUCGUCUUAGACGGGAAACUCGUCUGUGAAAACCCGUCUGAAUAUGAAUUUAGGGACGGAUAAAUUCGAAUUUAAGACGAGUUUCCCGUCUAGAUGGGAUUCCCGUCUAACUUUCCCGUCUGUUUAGACGGGUAAGUUAGACGGGAAAGUUCGGACGGGAAACUCGUCUGCCCCCGGAUUCAUAUUGGACGAGUUUCCCGUCUAAGACUAGUUUCCCGUCCCUAAUAUGAAUUCGGCUAUUUUUAUACAUGAUUAGGUAAAUAUAAAAUAUCUAUAAUCAAGUACUUCUUUUAUUUUGUUUUUAGCCAAUGCACGACAACUAUGAUAUCCGACAAGAACAGAUAAACAAGGCUUCGUUGUUAUCUUCGGACAAAUUUCUAGACAGUUUGUUAGAUAUUCUCACAAUGAAUGUGGUAAGGGAGGCCAGAUUAACCAUCCAGCAGCAGUCAGAUUCACUAUCCCGGGGCCGGUUGUACGAAAAGCCGGAUAUAGCGCUGUCCAUCAGGGGAUUUCUGAACCGACCUGACCGUGUAGCUCAGUUGGCAGAGCAUUGGUCUAGUAUUCCUAAGGUCGUAGGUGGCCAGGCAUAUUCAGGCUUCCCCGGUGUGGAUAUACACUCAGAGUAACAUCACAAGCAUCGUAUCACCUGAGUACAUAACACCAAUACAGAAAAAAAUCAUUUCCAAAUUUGUAAACAAGCUGCCAGAAAGUUUGCUUUGAAUUUUAGAUGAACCUAGGGUUAAGCUGAUUGGCUUUAGAACGGCUUUCAACCUUUGUCAAAUAUCUGAAAAGCUGUAAAACUACGGAUAUGAACUCCACAAGUAGUAUAAAAAACCUUUUAACUUAUAAAUACUAAACUUUAAUCUGAGCUAUACCAAUCAACGACUGACUCAACAAAGCUUGAAAAUCCGGUGGAUACCGCAUCCGGCUUUCGUACAACCGACCCCUGGAGUCAGAUUUAAUGUAUCAUCCAGUAGCUGGUGUGACGUUAAUCUGUGUGUUUUCAGAAUCGUUCUACUGGUGCAUUGGUGAUCAGUGGACUACUUGACUUUUUGACUUUCGCUUUGUGUCCUCCAUACAGGUAUUUCAUGAUAUACUCAAUCCCCAACUAAUCUCUAAUUCAAUCAAUUAAAAAACUGUUAAUAAACUAAAGAACCCAAUAAGUAUAGGUAAUAGCAUGGUUUGGAGUGCAAUUUGGGAAGAACAUGCACGAGUGAGUUUUUCAAAGACUAUCAAAAUUCCACGAGUGCGAAGGACGAGUGCAAUUUGAAGUCCUUGAAAAACUCACGAGUGUAUGUUUUUUUCAAAUUGCACGAGUUCCAAAUUUUCAUGUAUAUUAUUAAUUAACUUAAUUCUUUAUUAGUGAAACUACCGACGAUGAACAAUUUGGGAAAUUAUUAGAGAAAGUUGCAGGUAUAAAUAAAAAAAAAUCAUCACAAAAAAAAAUCAUCGCAUUUUCAAAAAGACGUUUCAAAUUAAUGACAAUAUUUAAAUAUUUAACAAUUAAAAAAUAUUUAACAAUUAUUAAAUGAGGUUGAGCGUGAUAUUGUGUUUAAAAGAUAACAUAAUGACUGUCCUCUUUUUUUAUAGCAAUGGGUCGCUGCAUUUAUAGACUGUUUCAGGUUAGUCUUUUAUCGCUGGAUUUGUUGCGAUAAUUCCUUCGUUUGUUUUUACCUCACGUACGUUUGUGUGUUCGUUUCCCUCCGUAUCUUGCCGUUCACUUGACGGUUUAUUUUCGGUUGAAGGAUGAGCACUGUUGUAUUCUAAACUUUUCCUUUUCAGCAUCCGUCAACGACUAUUGUGAAAGGUGCCGGGAUGGUUCUGAAAGCAAUUAUUGAAGUAAGCUCUAUCUACUGUAUUAUAUGACAUGAUUGACAUCCCUGCCCAAUUUACCUUUUUGUUGAUAUGAUGCACACACAUAAAAAUACACAAGUUGUAACAAACCUGCAGCAGACUUGUAGCAAUGCUGUUCCAGCAACUUGUCAACAGGUUGUGUUCGCACUGCUUGUUCCCAGCUUGUUGACAAAUUGCUACAAAGUUGUUGAGCUUGAACAGACUUGUUACAAGUUGUUCCAACAACUUUUCAUCGUCCUACAAUUCAAUAACUUGUUAAGUUACAACCUUGUAGCAACUUGAUAAAAUAACAACACUGUUACAACUUAUAAAUAUUAUUAUUCAUUGUACUGUGUUCUCGGUUUUUCAUUGGCUAAGAGCCUACAAAUAAUUUUUGGUAUUUGUGGGUGCCUGCGCUAUUUCCAGCGGAAACAGUAAUCUGCAGAGGUUAUUGGCAGCGCCCGUGAUCUUUCAGCGGUAUUUUAUGUGAAAAUACAAAUUGGCGGGAAAUUUUUAGUUGAGCGGCUUUUUCAAUUGUUCACAAUGGCUAGUGCUCGUUUCGCAACGUUUUCAACGCAGGAAAUUGAAAAAAUCGUGGAAAACAAGGACUCAGAGAACACCAAGAAAAGUACUAAACUGGCAAGAGAGGUUUUCAAUAUUUAUAUUUACGAAAAGUUAAUCAAUUCAAUGAAUAUUUGUUUUCAAUUGUUGCUUGUUUUGUUUUCUUUCUGUCACAAAAUGAAUAAUAAAACAAUUAUUGAAUUCGGCUUGCGCAGGAUACCAGAAUUAUUUAGACCUCGGUCAAUGUUCAGCCUUCGGCUUCAGCAGAUAACAUUGACCUCGGUCUAAAUAAUUCUGGAUAUCCUGCUCAGCCUCAUCCAAUAAUUGUUAAUAAUAUUGUACUUGGUGUUUAAACAAAAUAUUAUAUGUUUUAUCGCCAUGCGAGCCUACAAAGAACUUAUUACUGUUACAACUUCUUGAGAAGCUUGCUACAGGCCCGAACACAUCUUGUUGACAAGUUGUGAGAUUUUUGCGUUUGUAAUUAAUUUGGCUUAUAGUCCAGCCAUUUAAAUAAAUGAACCGAUACCAAAGCUCAAACUGUCUGCAUCGUCCUCUAGGAAGGUGAUGAAGAGACAGCGGCAAAAAUGCAAGACCUCGCCCUGGCCGAGGGCGCGCUACCAAGACAUUUACACAUGGCUAUGUUUACUCAAAGCAGUGAUAGAAGAUUACUUAUGAACAG